AUGGCAUCCACGAGUACUCAGAUUGUCUCUUCGUCUUCUUCUUCUUCAACACCUCCACGGAGAUACGAUGUUUUUCUCAGUUUCUACGGCGAAGACACUCGCAAGAGUUUUACAAACCAUUUAUAUGCUGCUUUGAUUCAAAAAGGCAUUAUCGUGUUUAAAGACGAUGAAAAGCUCAAGCGAGGAAAAUAUAUUUCUAAGGAGCUCAUAAAAGCAAUACAAGAAUCCAUGUACGCGAUUGUUGUUAUCUCUCCAAACUACGCUUCCUCUAGAUGGUGCCUCAUUGAACUUGCCAAGAUCGUCGAAUGCAUGAGACACACAGGGCUGACAAUUUUGCCUAUUUUCUACCACAUCGAUCCUUCCCACGUACGAAAACAGAAGGGAACUUUUGCAGAAGCUUUUGGUAGGUAUGAAAAAGAAAAAGAUCCCAAGAUUGACAUGGACGAGAUGCAAAUGUGGAGAGAUGCUUUGACAAAAGUGGGCAAUAUCUCCGGAUGGCAUGUACAUGAUAGUCACGAAUCAAAAGUUGUUGAAGAUAUUAGUAGAAUGAUAUUUGGAGGAAUGGUUAACUUCUCAAAUGUUUCCAAGGGUCUUGUUGGAAUAGAAUCCCGUGCAGAGGAAAUUAUGAGCAAACUUUGUAUAGGGUUGGAUGAUGUUCGCUUUUUGGGGAUUCAUGGGAUGGGUGGAAUUGGGAAGACAACCCUAUCGAAAUUCAUUUAUGAAAGGGUGUCUCAUCAAUUUGAAGCUAGUUGUUAUAUUGCUAAUAUUAGAGAAGAAACCAUAACUCAUGGUUUACUUUAUUUACAAAAACAACUUAUUUAUGAGAUCCUCAUGGAAAGAGAAAUAAAUAUAUGGAAUGACUAUGGGGCAAGUAGAGUGAUAAUGAGCAGACUACAAAGUAAAAAGGUUUUUAUUGUUCUUGACGAUGUGGAUGGAGAAGAACAACUAAACGCAUUAGCAGGGAGCCAUGAUUGGUUUGGUCAAGGGAGUAGGAUCAUUAUAACCAGUAGAGAUCAUCAUUUGCUAAAUAGAGUUGUGAAUGACACCUAUAAGGUAAAGAACAUGAAUAAAAAUGAAGCUUUACAACUCUUUAGUAGGAAAGCCUUCAAGAAAUCCCAUCCCGAAGAAAAUUAUGUGGAAUUGUCUAGGGAAGUUGUGAAUUACGCUCAAGGCCUUCCUUUAGCUCUUGAAGUUUUUGGUUCCUUCUUAUUUGGCAGAGACAUUGAUGAAUGGGAAAAUAUUGCAUUCUUCUUCAAUGGAGCACAUAUGGAUAGCGUCAUACACAAGCUAAAAGGUUUGGGUUACUAUCCGAACAUCAAUAUCAACGUUCUUGUGGACAAAUCUCUUAUAACCAUCUCAAAGUUUGGAACAUUGGAGAUGCAUGAUUUGUUACGAAAAAUGGGUCAAAAAAUAGUUCAUGAUGAGUCUGCAGAGCCUGGCAAACGUAGUAGAUUGUGUCAUGAUAAGGAUGUCAUUCACGUAUUGAAAAAUGAUACUGGAACUGAUGCAGUUAAAGGUAUCGUCCUAAAAUUACCUUUAAAGAAACCAGAGCGAAUAAAUGUUGAAGCCUUCUCAAAGAUGAAAAAAUUGAAAAUGCUUCAGAUUGGCUCUCAUUACUACUUGUAUAAAGAUGGUGAUAAUUUACGCACUAAUCUGGAAUGGCAUGGAGAUGCUUCGAAUUUCAUGCUAAGCAAUGAGUUAUGCAUUAUGAAAUGGUUAGGAUAUCCUUUUGAAUCCUUGCCAACAAAUUUCCAAUCAGAUAAUCUUUUUGAGCUCAUAAUGCGUUAUAGCUGCAUCAAGCAAGUGUGGGUUGGAAGGAAUAGUUUUGACAAAUUGAAACACAUUGACCUAAGAGAGUCUCAAAACUUAAUCAAGACACCAGAUUUGAGCGGAGUCCCAAAUCUUGAGAAACUAGAUCUUGAAUGUUGUACAAGUUUGUCCAUAGUCCACCCAUCCAUUCAAUUUCUAAGACGGCUUAAAUUGUUGAAUCUACAAGGUUGCAAAAGUCUUAAGAGACUUCCAGACGAGAUUUGCUUGAAAACUCUUGAAACUGUUAAUCUUUCUGGUUGUUCAAGACUCAACAAAAUUCCAGAUAGUGUGGGUAAUAUGACAUCUUUGCGAUAUCUUUAUUUGGAAGGGACUGCCAUAAAAAAGUUACCACUAUCAUUUAAGAAGUUGUUGUCUCUUGUAACUCUCAAUAUAUCUAAUUGCUCAAGACUCGUGAAAAUCCCAGAGAACCUGUUGAGUGGUAUGGAAUGUCGAAGGCGCCUUUAUGUAGGUAGAAGUGCUACAAGGAAACUUCCGAUAGGCAGUGGACCAGAUCCCAUUAUAAGUCAUUUGCUCCCAAAUUCGUUCUCAAGUUUAAGCUGUUUAAGAUUACUAGAUUUGAGUUAUCGCAAUCUAUCAGAUGGAGCAAUUCCUAGUGAUCUUAGUUGCUUAUUCUCACUUUCCAAUCUUGAUACGCUAGAUCUAAGUUAUUGCAACCUAUUGGAUGGAGCGAUCCCAAGUGAUCUAAGUUAUUGCUUAUCCUCACUUGAUGAUUUAAAUUUGAGUGGGAACAAAUUUACAAGAAUACCAGAUAGUGUGGCUCAACUUUCAAAUCUUAGUUACCUUGACUUGAAAGAUUGUAGUUGGCUUCAAGUAUUGCCGAAGCUUCCAUUGGGAUUAACAAACUUGAGUGUAAGAAAUUGUCCAUCACUGGAGUUGUUUUAUAAGCAAAUGGAGAUGUGGAGUUCAAAUGAAAAAUUACCGGGCAUUGAUGGAUCUGUUGUACAAGCUUAUAUUGAUGAUCAAGGAAAACCCUUCAAGAUCCUACGUCUGCAUCCACGAAGUUGUUUAUGGAGUGAAGAAAGUUUGGAAUAUUUAUAUCCUGAGGUAGCAUGCGGCCCUGCGUUGGUGGGAUCAGGAAUCCCAGAAUGGUUCAACGUUAAAAGCACUAAUUCGUUUGGAACAAUUCAAUUGCAUUCAGAUUUGGGCUCAGAUAUGGACUGGGAGGGGUAUGCUCUUUUUAUUGUUUAUGAAUUUCAUGAGCCUCACAGUACUCAUGCAAGAAAACUCGAGGUCGAUGAGCGGAAGGGGAAUUCGAAUUCUACAACAUUUGAUGGCAGUAAUAGUAAUUUUCCCAUCUUUGUUUGUCAUUUUCAAGUCGAUGGAGUUGAUGUUACAAAACCGUUGGUCCUUCGUGCCCCUGAAGUCCCUUCUGUUGGGCCAAACGGAUUUUGGGUGUAUAUACCAAAAAACAAGUCUUCAUGGGCAAUUUUUGGUGAAUUAACUGAGAGAUUUGUUGAGGCUUCAAUUACAACAGGCAGCCUGAAUGUUGAGGUAAAGGAGUAUGGGGCGCGUUUACUACGUGAUGAUGAGCAUGAUGCUUCCGAGUUGUACCAAAGCCAACGUUUUGGUACUGUGGUAGCAUGUGGCCCAGCGCUGCUGGGAUAUGGAAUCCCAAAGUGGUUCAACAGUAAAAGCACUAAUUCGUUUGGAACAAUUCAAAUGCAUAUAGAUGUGGACAGGGAUUAUGAUUCAUAUGAGUGGAAGGGGUAUGCUCUUUUUAUUGUUUACCAAUUUCAUGAGCCUCACACUUACCCAAGAAAGAGAAGAAAACUCAAGGUCAAUGAGCAUGGGAAUUCGAAUUCUACAAUAUUUGAUGACAGUGAUCCUAAUUUUUCCCACUUUGUUUGUCAAUUUCAAGCCAAUGAAGUUGAUGUUACAGAAUCCUUAGUCCUCUGUGCCCCUGAAGUCUCUUCCGUUGGGCCAAGUGGAUUUUGGGUGUAUAUCCCAGCAAAGUGGUUCGGGAAAGAGAGGAAUAAUUUGGUUGGAAGGGGCUACCUCAAGGCUUCAAUUACAGCUGGCAACCUGAAGGUAGAGGUGAAGAAGUGUGGGGCACGUGUCGUCCGUCAGCAUGAUGCUUCAGAGUUCUACCAAGUUCUAAACAGCAUUUCUCCACAUGUUUUGGAUUUUCAAAGUUUGAUAAGAUGUCUCUAUGGACCAUGGUGGCUCUUUGGUGUUCUCAUUGUGAAUAUAGCAGAAAAGAAGUACUCGGUGGUGUUCCAGCACUCUUUGGUGAGUCUUAGAGCCCAUUCCUCAGUUGCUUAG